AUGCCGCCAGCAACAAUGCCAGCAAUGCCAGCAAUGAUGCGGCCUGGCAUGCCGGUGAUGAUGUUCGGGAUGCCACCUGGUAACCAGAGCGGCGCCCCCGAUGCACGCCCCGGCCCAGGCGGGCCCAACUCAGGGCCGGGACUCCCGGGGCCCGGCCCCGGCUCUGGCCCUCGCCCUCAAGGCCCUCAAGGCCCUCAAGGCGGACUGCAAGGCGGCCCGCAAGGCGGCCCCCAAGGUGGCCCUCAAGGUGGCCCUCAAGGCGGGCCCGGCUUCAGACCGCCAGGGCCAGGGGCCGUGAUGAUCAAUCCCAAUCCCCAGAUGCAGCCCAACGUGUCGUACAUGCCAUGCAUCAUUCCUGCAAGCCAGUGGCAUCAAAUGCAGUCGACUGGCGCAGUGGCCGUUGCUCACGUGGACGCAGCGCAAGUCCAAAGUGGACAAUUGAACCUCAAUGCAUUGUUCAGUCAGAUUCCUGGCAUGAUGCCUCAGAAUGGUUCAAACAAAGGGUGGGGCAAGGGGGACAAGGGAGCGGGAAAGGGAGGAGAGAAGGGCGAUGGUGGAAAGGGCAGUUCAGCUCGUGGCCGGUCGCCUCCCAGAGGUCGCCGAGGUCCUACCACUCCCAAUGGUUUUGGUUCGGACGGUCCUGCUCGCCCAGGGCCUUUUAUGCCCGAGCGUAGCAGCUCCAAAGAUGCCUGGCGGCCAUCAUUCAUCGAUCCAGAGCAGGCGGCCAAGAGACGGGACUCCCUUGAGAGGCGCUUCUCGGCCGAGGGAAGGUCACCUCCACCCAGGCAGUCUGUUGAGCGGCGAACUUCGGCAGAGCGAAGGACUUCGGCAGAGAGAAGAACCUCGGCAGAGCGUAGGACGUCGAGGGACAGAGGAGACUCGGCCGAUCCGCCAUCAGGCAUGUCGCGGCGUGCCAAGCCCUUCGGGCCGCCGAAGCGGCUACCCAAUGUUCCGAAUGCAGUGCAGAUGUCAGGUCAAUGGCAGCACCAACUUGCGGACGGGAGCUCUGCGGCAGUCUACCUGAUAGCCGACCAGAUGAACCUGCAACAAGCAGCAAGUCGGCUGAAUAAUCUGCCGCAAGGAGCGAUCAUUGUGAUGGAUUGCCAUGGAUGGAAUUUGAGAGCUGCUGCUGGCAAACUCUGUUUGCUGGUAGUGGCCUUCAGUGAUAACGCAAAUGGUCUUCAAGUUUUCAUGUUCGAUGUAUUGCAACUGGGCGAGCAGUUGUAUAGCUUAGUGCCAUUCUUUACCAAUGCAAACUCCUCCAAGAUCACCACGGAUGCGACAACGCAUGCCACUGUCUUUGCUCACAAGUUUGGCAUCAAUCUGAACGGUGUGAUUGAUGCCCAAUGGGCCUAUGAGCAACUGGAGAGGAAGAGCAUGGUGAAUGCCUGCAAUUUCCUAGACUGGUGUGGCCUAGCAACUUCAUCCUUCAAGGAGCAAGCUGCCAGAAUGGAGAGUAGUCCAGAGGUUUGGGGACACAGGCCCUUGGCAGAGCCGGCUCUGAUGCACGCAACCGAAGGCAUUUGCCUGCUCCACUCUGCCUCGGCUGUGAUGUGGACGCGUCUUGGCAAGAGCUUUGGCCAAUCUGUUUUCAAUAUGGUCGCCACAGCUUCACGCCAGCGUGUCGAGAUGGCCGCAGCAGCAGGCUGGGCCUGCAGGAAUGCAGGCUUGUGGACUGCAGAGCAGGACUACCCAGCCCCAGGAACUGCUGACAAGGAUGCGGAGAUGGACGACUGGCUGGCCAAGCGCUUCGGAAAAUCCGAGAAGCAGCCUCCCGCAGCACUCAGAGCGAGGUCAGCAGAGAGACCUCCUUUACCCGAAUCGGCUUUCCGGCAAGGGGAUAGCCCGAGAACAGCGGCGUGGCGUGCAGUCGUGGCGCAGAUGAACCCUCCGAGGAUCCAGCCCAGCCGCCAGCGCUCGGCCUCGCCGACGCUGGAGAACUGGCUCAGCCGACGCGGCUCCGCCAGAGAGGAGAAGCAGAAGCAGAAGGCGCCCGGGGCCUCACACCGGGCGUCCAGCCUGCCGUCCAGGGACAGGGAGAGGGACAAGGACGAGGACGAACUCUUCCCGCGCCCUCUGCAGCCCCUGAAUUUCGACAACAUCGACCGAAAGAAGUGGACGGAGAUCGUUGAGGAAGGUGAUGAGGAGGUCUUCGAAGACCUCAAUAAGGUAUGGCUGGAUGACGCGCACCAGGUGAUUUACGAAGAGCGCCAGUCAGACGGACAGGUCAGAGGCAUGCUGCUUCUUGAUGAUGUUUGGAUGGUAGGGCGCUUGCUGUUCAGAAACACUGGCAACGUGUUUGGCACGGUGAGGCUCCGCUACAUUGACGAGUCUGACUGUUUAGUCUCAUAUUUUCAGCCCGUCGGGAGCGACAACUGGGUUCAAGCGGUGGCCAGCAGAUGCCUUGCGAAGGCAGAUGCCCCCAAUGCUGCCUUGGAUGGGCUGAACACAGCUUCAAGCCGAGCAAGUCGAGCAAGGCCAAGCCCACACAUGUUGGAAUUGCCCAAAGACGGCGAAAUUCCCUGGAGUGGCGAGGACUCCACGCUACAGGUCUAUGAUGACGGCUUGUCGCCACUGCUGCGAGAUUGUGUUCUACACUCGCUCAAGGCUCGCAUCAAAUAUUUGGAGAACGCUGUUUUGCAGGACAAGGAUUCCCUGAGGCCCCUCGAGUUGGGUUGGCGCUCCCAGCCCUCCCAGACUUUGUUGCCAUCGGUGUCAGGCGAAAAGCAUGAAGCCCGGCCUCGCCAAAAGCUGGGCCAGAGGCAGAGGAGAUUUGCAAGGACGGUUUGGCAUGAGAUUGAGGACAUGGAUGUCGACGCUGCACCCCAAAAGCGGCCGAAAUCCGGCAUAGCAGGCAUAGCAGGCGCCCGGUCUGAAACCAAGGACCAAGGCGUGCAAUGCGACACCCAGAUCCAGGCCGAGGCAGCUGAGCCCGUCCCUGAUGAGACCCAAUGGACGGAUGCUAGUCCCAAACGAAAUGCUCACCUGCAAGCAGUGCUGGAACGCCAACAACGGCGAUGUCUCGUCCUUGCCGAAGACGUGGCUUUUCUGGCAGAGGAGCUUCUCCAACUGCAGGCGAAGCCUCUUGCUGCCACCAGCCUUUGGGUAAGUCCCGAGUGA